AUCUCUUCUUGUUAGCCAUUCAAUUACAAUAUUAAUUUUGUGAAAGCACAAAUAUUUUGAAUUGGGAUUCUUCAUGUUAAAUGGUAGAAAUUAAGUGUUUGGCCUCUUUGAUCAGUGUUGCUCUAAACGAGAUGUCGUCUUUACUACUCUAUGUACAGUUUCCCCUUAUUUGUAUCUUCAAUGAAUUUCUUUUGAAAAAGUAAAAGAUAAGCUAACAUGAGAUCCAAGUUUUUCUUUUUUAAUAAAAGGCAAUAUAUAUUUAUAUAUCCAUGAUACUGUACAAUGUAUCCAUUUUUAAAAAGUAGCGGCUCGAGAAUGGUCCAUAUGCAAUCGUCCUAAAGGUACGGUCUGGAAUCUAAGAAAAUGGAUACAUUGGAAACAGAGAAGUUUCAGCAACAAGGUCUCCAGUGAGCAGCUUUAUAACGAUUCCCUAUAUAGGUCAGAUUAGGUAAUUUCUUAAUUGAUUCCAACCAGUCAAAAUGAACCCAACAAAUAAUUAAUUAUACUGGCAUUGUACGUUAGCUAGCUUGCUGGUAAAUUAACCGCCUUUCCCUUCUGCUUUCCGCUUUCAGGUGUCUGUUUUAUAUAAAUAAGCUAUAACACUCCACCUUUUGUCGCAUAUUUCAAUUUUCACUAUUUCCUCUUUGUGGGUGUAAGUCCACUUCUAGUUUGUGUCUCAUUCUCGAAAGUUGAGUUGGAAUAGUGUGGUUUAGUUUUAAUUUUUGAUCUCGGAAACCCAGAAAUGGAUGAUGAUGUUGAUGAGUAUGCAAAGCUUAUCAGGAGAAUGAAUUCUCCCAGGUAUCUCAUUGCCUCUAAAGUUUGCAUUAUUUAGUUGUGAUUGAUAAUGAUGCUUGUGAGCACGCUACGAUCGUACAGGUGGAUACUUUAAAUAGAUAUGGUACUCUACUUCAAGUUGUUCAAGUCCUCACAGACCUAAACCUUAUUAUAACAAAGGCAUAUAUUUCUUCUGAUGGUGUAUGGUUCAUGGAUGUAUUUUAUGUCACUGGCAAUGAUGGAAACAAAGUUGAAGAUGAAAGCAUUCUCAAUUACAUAAAGAAGGCUCUCGAAAGAGAUGGACAUGUUGUUAAUUCAAUACGGAGCUCUAUUGCUAUGCUGCCUUCUAAAGAGCAUACCUCAAUUGAACUAUCUGGCACGGACAGACCUGGUUUGCUGUCAGAAGUAUCUGCAGUACUGACAGAUCUUGGAUGCAGUGUGGUAAAUGCUGAGAUUUGGACACACAAUUUUAGAGUAGCAGCAAUAAUGCACAUUACCGAACAGUCAACUGGGUGUGCUGUCGAAGAGCCAAAGCGGCUUUCUCUAAUCAAGGAAUUGCUUCGUAAUGUCCUAAAAGGUAAUAGCACUUUUAGGAGUCCAAAAGUAAGCAUUUCUUCCCCUGAGGAAACACAUAUAGGGAGAAGAUUGCACCAAAUGAUGUUUGCUGCUAGGGACUUUGAAAGGCUUGAAAGUGCAAAGGAAAAAGGUGUUGAACCUUGUGUUAUUGUGUCUGAUUGUGCUGAUAAAGACUAUACAGUAGUUACAGUGAGGUGCAUUGACCGUCCGAAGUUAUUGUUUGACACCGUGUUCGCUCUAACAGACAUGCAGUAUGUUGUGUUCCAUGGAACAGUCAUUACUGGCGGAAAGGAAGCUUAUCAGGAAUAUUAUAUCAGACAUGUUGAUGGCCUCCCCAUUAGCUCAGAAGCUGAACGACAGCGGGUCACAGAAUGUCUCGAGGCAGCUAUCGAGAGACGAGCAUCAGAGGGAUUAGAACUAGAGCUAUGCACGGAUGACAGAUUUGGGCUUCUCUCUGAUAUUACAAGGAUAUUUAGGGAAAAUGGAUUGAGCAUCCAAAGAGCGGAAAUUUCCACAAAGAAUGGAAAAGCAAAAGAUACUUUCUUUGUCACGGAUGUUGCUGGAAAUUCUGUUGACCCCACAACUGUCCGUAUGAUUCGGGAACAAAUCGGACAAACCAUAUUACAUGCGAAAGGGAAACUGAAUGUGUUAUCGAAAUUUCCGCAGGAGACACCUAGAAGUUUCCUCUUUGGGAGCUUUUUCAAAGGUCGAAGUUUCCACCAUUUUGGACUCGUUAAAUCCUACUCAUAGUUUGCUACUUCCACGCGACAUAAUGAACAGAGACUAAAACACAGUAGAGACUACUCCCUCCUCUCAAGCAGUGAAGAUUAAAUUCAUGAUUGUAAAUAGAAACGAUUUUACAACUUAAUGUCGUCUCACUUGGCUCUGAAUACACUUAUGAAGAGAUUAAAAUUGGACUGUAAA